GUUAAAAACAACAAUUUUAACGUUGAUAACCAAAUUUAACGUGCACCUAACUUAGCGAGAGUCGGUCACACUGAAUUUACAACAGCUGACUGUGCACGAACCUGUGAAUGGCCGGACGCCAUUACGUUACGUGCUGACGAGUCGUGUACGUGUACAAUAAAAACAGGGGAAAAUAACGAAAAUAUAUGUAAAACACACAGAGAGAGAACAGUCAAAAUUAACCGUGUCGAUGUCGGAACGCUAAAAAGUACAAAGCAAUAAACUUAAAACAUCUAUAUCUGACGUUCACGGAAAUAGACCAGAGACACAUUCAACAUUAACAUCUUUCUCGAGUCAAUCAGCCAAUUGGCUGGCUUUGCAACCAACUGCGACAACAUGCAGUUGCUAAUUUCAAGUGUUUGCAUGGCGCUGACCAGCGCCGUAAUUGGCAACGCCUACUACCAGAAACAGCAGUUCUAUCCGGCCGUCGUAUAUAUCACCAAAUCGAAUGCAUCCAUGGCGGUAAUCUACAUACAAUUCUUUGUGAUAGUCUUUAUGUUUGGCAAGCUCUUGCGCAAGAUAUUUCUGGGCACGCUGCGUGCCGCUGAAUUUGAGCAUCUUCUUGAGCGUUUUUGGUAUGCACUCACGGAGACCUGUUUGGCAUUUACUGUGUUCCGGGACGACUUUAAUCCUCGCUUUGUGGCGCUUUUCACAGUGCUACUAUUUCUCAAAUCAUUCCAUUGGCUCGCUGAAGAACGCGUUGACUUUAUGGAGCGUUCUCCAGUACUGGGCUGGUUGUUUCACAUACGUGUCGGCAGUCUGCUAACCAUGCUGGGCAUACUCGACUAUGUGCUGCUUAUGCAUGCCUACAACUCGACUCUUGUGCGUGGUCCGACGGUCCAGCUGGUGUUUGGCUUCGAGUAUGCCAUUCUGCUGACGGUCAUCGCCAGCACGGCCAUCAAAUAUGUGCUUCAUGCUGCAGAGAUGCGCACCGAUACGCCCUGGGAAAAUAAGGCCGUAUUCCUAUUGUAUACUGAGCUGGUUAUUGGUCUCAUUAAGGUGGUGCUUUAUCUGCUGUUUGUUGUCAUUAUGGCGAAGAUUUAUGCAUUGCCGAUGUUCGUCUUCCGACCGAUGUUCUUUACCAUACGCAAUUUCCGCAAGGCGCUCAACGAUGUCAUUAUGUCACGUCGCGCCAUUCGUAACAUGAAUACUUUGUAUCCAGAUGCAACGCCCGAGGAGCUGCGACAAUCAGACAAUAUCUGCAUCAUUUGUCGCGAGGACAUGGUGAAUCACUCAAAGAAGUUGCCUUGCGGCCACAUCUUCCAUACAACAUGUCUGCGCUCCUGGUUUCAACGUCAGCAAACCUGUCCCACAUGUCGCCUGAAUAUACUGCGUACACCGACAGUUAAUUCCACAGCAAUGCCGCGACCAGCUGACGAGCCUGCAAAUCCAGCAGCUCCAGCCGCCGCCCAGCCAGCAGCUGGCGCAAAUGUUGCUGCAAAUAUCCCAGCAGCAGCACCAGACGCUGGUCUGCCGCGUCCAAAUGGUACAGCCGGACAAAAUGCAGCAGCACCCCCCAACUUUUCAGACAUAUUCGGCGAUACCAAUAACCUAGGAAAUGGAUUUCCAAAUCUAGCUGGAAUUCCACCGCCGCCCAUGCUGUCGCCAUUUAUGAUGCAGCCACCAUUUCCAUACUUUACGCCGCCGAUUGUACCGCCACCGCCAAUGCCGCAGGACUUAAACACUUUCAACGAGGAUGAGCUGCUCGCCAUGGAGGGUAAUUUACGCCAACACGUUCAAGAACGUCUUAAGAUGCUACGCAAUAUUUCGCUAAUGGUGGACUCGGCCAACAUCCUGAUGCAACAAUACCAAGGGAUAAUUGCGCGGCUGCCACCGCCCAUACAAGUGCUACCACCAGUCCCAGAAACUGCGGCUGAAAACGUGCCCAAUAUAGUACCAGUGGCCACUGCAGCAGCAGAAGCACCAUCAGCAGAACCAGUACCGGCAGUAAGCAGCCCCACAUCUUGUGAUAAACCCAGCACAUCAAGAGCAGCGGCUGCUGUCGCUGCUGAGGAUAAGCAGCAAGUCAGUGUUGCUUCAAGUAACCCUGUCUCAGAAAAAGUCACUAUUGAAGAUCUGGGCGCUGAGGAGGAUGUUGUGCUGUCCACGAAUGCUGCAUGCGGGGAUGUUGAUAACGAGGAUAGCUCCGAGCUUAGCGAGUUGCGAAAGCGACGCUUGAAAUUUUUAGAGGAACGCAACAAAUCACCAACUAGUAGCGACCAAACAGAUUAGAAUUUGAAGAACUGAAUUUAAUCAGCAGCGGCAGCCUUCACGCCCACCUCGCUAUCACACGUGCAUCCAGAUAAUUCGAUGUGUAUUCUAUGAAUGGAUAUUGAUUUUAGCUUCUACUACAUAUUGACCUUAUCUUUUACAAAA